UUAAGCAAGCACGUAGUACGCCUCCACUCCACUAGCACUAGCUAGGUGAAACGAUAUGGAAUUGCAGAUGUGCUCUUCUUCCUCCUCCUCGCAGCACGCACGGGUGGCUGCUUGGGUGCUCCUACCGCUGCUUUGCUUUUCCAUGGUGUUAUCCAGAGCACACGGAGGAGAGUCUCGCAAGGUUUAUGUAGCUUACCUAGGCGACGUUAAGCACGGGCACCCAGACGAGGUCGUCGCCUCGCACCAUGACAUGCUCACCACUCUUCUCCAAAGCAAGGAGGAUGCUUCGGCCUCCAUGGUCUACAACUACAAGCAUGGUUUCUCGGGCUUUGCCGCCAUGCUCACCGCGGACCAAGCAACAAGGCUUGCAGAGUUUCCGGGGAGUCAUCAGUGUUGAACCGAGCAAAACAUACAGGACCACCACCACACGGAGCUGGGACUUUCUUGGACUCAACUACCCGUCCUCCCAUACGCCGGCCAGUGAGCUACUCCAGGCAAGCAACUACGGAGAGGAUAUAAUCAUCGGUGUGGUUGACACUGGGAUCUGGCCGGAGUCGAGAAGCUUCAGCGACCAAGGGUACGGGCCCGUGCCAUCAAGGUGGAAAGGAAAAUGCCAGGUUGGGCCAGACUGGGGCAGCAACAACUGCAGCCGAAAGAUCAUUGGCGCACGGUUCUACACCGCCGGGGUCCCCAAAGAAUACUUCGAAGGGGCACCACUCUCGCCACGGGACCAUGCCGGCCACGGCACACACACGGCCUCCACCGCGGCUGGCUCGGCUGUAGGGCAGGAAGCUGCCAGCUUCCAUGGCAUUGCCGCGGGGGUCGCACGGGGAGGCGCGCCACACGCUCGCAUCGCAGUGUACAAGUCCUGCUGGAGCAAGGAGGGCCACUGCCCCACGCCGGCCGUGCUAGCCGCCAUCGACGACGCCAUCCAUGACGGGGUGGACGUUCUGUCAUUGUCCCUGGAAAUGAGCGAGAACUCAUACGGUACACUACAUGCGGUCCUGAAGGGGAUCGUCAUGGUGCACACCGCUGGCAACGCUGGGCCGCAUAUGCAGACCAUCAGGGACACCUCGCCGUGGGCCAUCACCGUCGCGGCAACCAACAUCGAUCGCUCGUUCGAUACAGUGAUCACGUUGGGAAACAAGCAACAAAUAGUGGGACAAUCUCUCUAUUACCAAGGGAAGAAGGACUCAUCAUCCAGGAGCAGUUUCGGAAAUUUUGCAUGUUUACGAUCUUGUACCGCAGAGGUUUUUGACGGCGCCCAAGACCUGAAAGGGUUGAUCCUCCUCUGCAACGAUCAAACGGGAGCUUUAUUCCCGGGGGCGCAAUACCUCAUGGAUGGAGGAGGAACCGGACUCAUCAUCGUGUCAUCCACGACGGACGACAUGAGACCCGUGACAGAUUGCGAAGGCAUCGCCUGUGUAGUUGUCAACAUCGAAGACGCGGAGAGGAUGUGCCAAUACUAUGAGGACACAAGCUCUGCCCAGGCAAAGAUUGAACCGGCGGGCACCGUUACGGGCAAGGAGAUACUGGCCCCAAAAGUGGCGAUCUUCUCCUCCAGAGGCCCAUCUGUUACUUACCCCGCCAUUCUCAAGCCUGACAUAGCUGCACCUGGAGCCAACAUCCUGGCAGCAAAACAAGAUGGGUACGUAUUUAAGUCAGGGACGUCCAUGGCAGCCCCUCAUGUAGCGGGCAUCGCAGCGCUACUCAAAGUUUUGCACCCAUACUGGUCUCCUGCGGCAAUAAAAUCUGCCAUGGUUACCACUGCCCAUGUAACCGAUGAACGUGGCAUGCCGAUAAUGGCGGAAGGAUAUUCGCGGAAGAUCGCCGACCCAUUCGACUACGGAGGCGGGACCAUCAAUCCUUGCGGGGCGGCUCAUCCCAGCCUCAUAUAUGACAUCGAUCCAAGUGAUUACAGCAAAUUCUUCAAAUGCACCAUCAGCAACAAGAGGACACCCGUGGAUUGCAACACCACCACCAUGCAACCAGCGUAUUACUUGAACCUGCCAUCCAUAUCGGUUCCCGAUCUCAGGCAUCCCAUCACCGUUUCCAGGACUGUGACCAAUGUCGGCGAGGUCAAUUCUGUGUACCAUGCCGCAGUCCAGAGCCCAACAGGAGUCAAGAUGGAGGUCGUCCCGCCCGUUCUUGUGUUCGACGCUACCAACAAAGUUCAGACGUAUCAGGUGAAGCUAUCACCUAUGUGGAAGUUGCACGGGUACUACACAUUUGGUAGCCUUACCUGGCAUAACGACCAAAAGACAGUGAGGAUUCCAAUUGUGACAUGACUUACAAUUGAAGAAUUCUACUGAGUUGUUGCAUAAUAAAAUAAAAAUAUCAUUUCCACACUUAACAAUAAAAAGCAGACAUGCAUGGCAGUGAUGAGG